AGCUCGGCUCAAGCCUUGGCUGCUGCGACUCUCCGCUCUCCCCGUUUACAACCAUGGCGCGUGGAGCAGCCAAGGCGCUUGUGACAGGUCUUGCGCUGUGGCUCGUGGCGGACGUCCUAUGCUUUGUGAACUUGCCAGGCACGGCCCGGGGCGGCGCCACGCCGCGCCGGGCGGGCUUCGAGCAGGGGAAGCUGAACCUCGGGGUGGAGGGCUCGGUGGUGAAGUCCAAGCACUUGCCAACGCCGGUUCUGGAGGCCUCCGAGUCAACCAACAAAGCCAUCCAGGAGUGCCUGGAGGAGGGCUGCUCCGUGGAGGCGCUCAUGGAGCUGGACCAGAAGUUGGCCAAGGACGAGGCUACAGUGAAGGCGACCUUGGACAAGCUGCACAGCUCCCAGGCGGAGGAAUACUCUGAGGAGGGUAACGAGCAGAUCGCGUGGCUGGCGAACUUCUUGGACCGCAGCGGCAGUCUGCGCGCACAGCUCCAGGCGGUGAGCACCCUGAAGGCGGAGGGCGACCUGGUGGCGCAGAUCAUGCGCGCGGCGGCGGUGGCCUUCGGCGGCGGCCGCAAGGGGGACUACCCCUCGGCGGGUGUUUCCUCAUACUCCUCCUGAGUCUGAGCUGGGAGUAUCUUGAUCUCCGGCCAUGCGCCGCAACGGCGGGCCGGGCAACCUUUGAGAUUCAGGUGGGUGUGUGCCUUCCCGCACUUUCACACAGAUCACCAACGGAGCCUUUGGUUUCCGAGCUGGUUUCUCACGCCGGCUG